GAGAGAACUCACAACUGAAAAAGGUGACUGGGACUCGCCUUUGCCCCAAGAAAUGGAAGACGCAUGGACAUCUUGGAGAGCAUCUUUGAAAGAACUGUCCCAGCUUUCUAUUCCCAGAGCCUACACUACAACUUCACCCCCAGCAGCUGUCAGAAGGGAAUUGUGCGUCUUUUCUGACGCAUCCACGAAAGCUAUCGCCGCUGUGGCAUAGCUAAAAGUAACUGACUCUGCUGGAAAUAACCAUGUGGGAUUUGUAAUGGGCAAAGCCAAGCUGACCCCCCGUCCUGAACAAACAAUUCCGAGACUGGAACUUUGCGCAGCAGUGCUUGGAGUGGAGUUAGCAGACUUAAUCUCGGCAGAACUAGACCUUCAGCUCGAUGCUACAACCUUCCACUCAGACAGCAAGGUAGUCCUUGGCUACAUUUCUAAUGAAAGCAGGCGCUUUUAUGUAUAUGUAAGUAACCGGGUAUUACGUAUCCGAAGGUCCUCUCACCCACAUCAAUGGCGCUACGUGUCAACAGAACAGAACCCUGCGGACCACGCUACACGUUCUGUCGCUGCAGGCCGUUUGAACGACACAAACUGGCUGAGUGGACCCAAAUCUCUGUACACACCAGAGACAAGUGCCUCAGAGAGCACCUACGAGCUUGUAGACCCGGGUUCAGACCCAGACAUUCGCCCUCUGGUGUCCACUUUGAGUACUACAACAACAUCCAAGCAGCUUGGUUCUCAACGAUUCUCAAAGUUCUCAUCUUGGAAGUCUCUAACACGGGCCAUUGUUUGCCUCAUACACAUAGCCCGUCUUUUCAACAUGACCUUGAAGAACAGCCCUUGUAAGGGCUGGCAUCACUGCAAAACAGGAUACACUGUUGAGGAGUCUGAUCAAGCGUCGCACAUCAUCAUUCAAGCAGUACAGGAAGAAGUCUACAGUCAAGAGAUCAGAUGUAUCCAAAAACAUGAGCAGAUCCCUAAAUGUAGCCCUCUCAAAAAUCUGGAUCCUUUCAUUGAUGCACACUGCCUUCUGAGAGUCGGGGGCCGCCUCCACAAUGCAAACCUUGAGCAGAGUGAAAAGACUCCAGUGAUUAUUCCUGGCAAACAUCAAGUUGCAACAUUACUCAUCAAGCAUCACCACGAACGAAUCUAUCACCAAGGCCGUCUGUUUACAGAAGGGGCUGUCCGUACAGCUGGCUUUUGGAUUGUUGGUGGCAAAAGAAAAGUGAGCAGCAUCAUCCACCAGUGUAUAACCUGCAGAAGGCUUAGAGCCCCACUUACAAUUCAAAAGAUGGCCAGUCUUCCAGUGGAUCGUCUCUCGACAGAGCCUCCCUUUACGAAUGUCGGCCUUGAUGUGUUCGGUCCUUGGAGUGUCUCUUCACGAAGAACAAGAGGAGGUUAUUCACACAGUAAACGCUGGGCUGUAAUCUUCACGUGUAUGAGCGUACGAGCGGUUCAUAUUGAAGUCAUAAAAUCCCUUGACACAUCCAGCUUCAUCAACGCGCUAAGGCGCUUUCUUGCUGUGCGCGGUCCUGUCAAUCACAUCCGCUCAGACCGUGGCACCAAUUUUGUUGGCGCCUGCAAGGAGUUGAAGAUACCCUCAAACAUUGACAACACAACUGUGAAGACUUACCUGUCAGGACAAUGUUGCUCUUGGACCUUUAACCCUCCGCACGCCUCCCAUUUUGGCGGUACAUGGGAAAGAAUGAUUGGUCUUGCAAGGAGAAUCUUGGACUCCAUGUUCCUUCAGCUGAAGGACAAACUUACCCAUGAGGUGAAUGUCCUUUCUGCUCCUACUGGAGAGUUUGGAGUUUCAGAUCUCUACAAGCGCCAGUGGCGGCAGGUCCAGCACCUGUCCAACACCUUCUGGGACAGAUGGCGAAAGCAAUUCCUCCCAACUCUACAGGCACGCAAGAAGUGGCAGUCCACUCAUCCAAACAUCAACCCAGGAAGUGUUGUUCUCCUCAAGGAUAGCCAAGUACCAAGAAAUGAAUGGCCUCUUGGACUGGUAACACAGACCUUCCCCAGCGAAGACGGGAAGGUGCGAAAGGUCGAGAUCAAGGUCACACGAACAGGAGUGACUAAAAUCUUUCUUAGGCCUGUUUCUGAGAUAGUGCUUCUUCUCCCCCCAGAGGCCCAGUGAAGUGAACUGUCUAGGAUUUAUUGAGUGGCGUGUAUUCACGCCAGGCGGGGAGUGUUUUGUUACAAUUGUCAAAUCAGUAAGUUAUAUGUUUAUUUUGAAACAGGACGUUUUAUUUUGAAACAGGAAAUGUCUUGUAACUUGUUAGGGGACUUGUAAUCAGGAAGUGAAGGAAGAG